GUAGCUACUAUCUAAAGUAAAUAUACUUACUUCAGCUUCAAGUCUUGAUACUGACAUAUCUGUUAAGGCAAAGGCAACUUAACGAUAUCUUGCAGUGCCUGCAAAUAUUUGAAAAUAUGUCUAUGUGUCUACAUAUAUAUGCCUGAGUUCUAGAUGCUUGUGGCAAUAACUUUCUGUGCCACAGGUGGCAACUCUUCUCAAGCAAGUUGGCAACUCUUCUCUAGCAAAAUACAACAAACUAAAUACCUUAAGCUUCAGACAUUAAGCACGGAAAUGCAACUUAAUCUUGUAAUAAAUAGCCGAAAAUCAAAAAGCAGAGUUGCCACCUAAGGGAAAAAAGUCAAGCCAUAAGAAUUUUAGUAUUGCAUUACUACAAAAAGUUAAAUUAAUAACAAACUUUUUCUAGAAACCUACAAAAAUGGCUAAAGAAACCAAUUUUUUGAGCUCGAAAGCCGCAAGCAAAAAUGUUGCAGAUCCGAGAACUAUUUUGUGUAUUUGUGCUCAACUGAAUUUUAAGAGUAUCUAACUUAAAACAAGGCAAAUUAUGCUUACUUCAUAUUAAUGAAUAUUAAAGCUUAUCAGCGCAUCUAGCUCGCUCUGACAAAUGUUGAAGAGCAUGAAUUAAAGCUUUUAAGAGAGAGAGAGAGAGAGAGAGCCCUGUGCUUAUCUCGCUCUGACCAAAGCUCAAGGGUGCAAGCUUUAAGCAUCUUUCUAGACAAGUGUGUGCGUGCGUGAAAAGCUUUGGACGUGACGUGCGCUGAUAAGCCCAAGACUGGGCCGAUAAGACUGCGCCAAUGACGUCAAGAGUAAUAGGAAAUGUUUUAAUUAAAAGUCCAGGGCAAGAAGAAGAAGAAGAAGAAGAAGAAGAACAUUCGAGUGAACAGCGUGUGGCUAGAUUAAAACAGUUAUUAGGCGUGCUCGCCGCCGUCAGUACAAACUUGCCCGCUUUGGGGGACUCAACUGGGGGACUAACUGGGCCUAAACGAUCAGAGCCAUGUCUAUGGUAUGGAUGGGCACCUUCAAGGUGGUCAUGAUUGUGGGCAUUACCUGGCUGGUGGUUAGACGGUCUCUAUCGCUGUUUCGCUUUAUAGGAACGCUUACAGUCGAGGAGGUCUACAAAGAUCGCGACCAGUUCGCAGCUCUGGUGCGCGAGGUGGCCGCACCUGAUGUCGGCCGCAUGGGCAUCGAGAUCUUGUCCUUUACCAUCAAGGACGUCUACGACGAUGUGCAGUAUCUGGCCUCGCUGGGCAAGGCCCAGACCGCUGUGGUUAAGCGGGAUGCCGAUGCAGGCGUUGCGGAGGCAAAUCGUGAUGCCGGCAUUCGGGAGGCCGAGUGCGAGAAGAGCGCCAUGGAUGUGAAGUACUCGACGGACACCAAGAUCGAGGACAAUACGCGCAUGUACAAGCUGCAGAAGGCCAAUUUCGAUCAGGAGAUCAACACGGCCAAGGCCGAGUCCCAGCUGGCCUACGAACUCCAGGCGGCCAAGAUACGCCAGCGCAUCCGGAACGAGGAGAUCCAAAUCGAGGUUGUCGAGCGGCGCAAACAGAUCGAGAUCGAGUCGCAGGAGGUGCAGCGCAAGGAUCGCGAACUUAUCGGCACCGUCAAGCUGCCAGCCGAGGCCGAGUCGUAUCGCGUCCAGACCAUUGCCCAGGGCAAGCAAUGCCAGACCAUUGAGGGUGCACGGGCCGAGGCGGAGCGCAUACGGAAGAUCGGUUCCGCGGAGGCUCAUGCCAUUGAGCUGGUGGGUAAGGCGGAGGCGGAACGCAUGCGUAUGAAGGCGAAUGUCUACAAGCAGUACGGCGAUGCGGCCAUCAUGAAUAUAGUGCUGGAGUCGUUGCCCAAGAUUGCCGCCGAGGUGGCCGCCCCAUUGGCCAAGACGGAUGAGAUUGUGCUGAUUGGUGGCAACGAUAAUGUGACCAACGAUGUGACACGCCUCGUGGCACAGCUGCCGCCCUCGAUCAAUGCGCUGACCGGGGUGGAUCUGUCCAAGGUGCUGGCCAAGAUACCCGGCGCCAAGGCGUGAAACCUAAUCGAAUGGGAUGUGCAGCAAAUGGCAUUGACGACGUAACCCCCAAAGGAAUUGCAACUGGAAAUGAGAGAGGGAGCUGAGACAGAACGAGAGAGGAGUUGACCGAAAGCGAGAAUGAGAACGAAAGAGAGAGCGAACGAGCGAAAGAGCGAAACGGAGAGAAAGAGAGAGAACGCAUUUGUUAGAGCGAGCUGGCGAGCGCAUCAGAAAUCAAGGGAAUCGAACGAUAAUCUUACAUGUAUAGAUAUAUAUAUAUAUAUACAUAUAUAGAUAUAUAUUUAUAUAUAUAUAUAUAUGUCUAGACAUAGCAAAAUGUACUCCGAUAUUAUAUAUAUAUGUGUAUGUCAGUGUGUGUAUGUGCCACACGACGGCAAAAGGCCUGGCCCGGGCAUAGUUGGAUAAAUCAGUUAAGGAAUCAGAUAUCCAGCUAAAGCUAAAGCUUAUAUAUAAAAUUAAUGCAUUUCGCACGCAUUCGCAAACGCAUUUUGUGGCCUUUUCUCGAUAAAUAAGCAGAAAUUACCAAAAAAAAAACAAAAAAAAACCAACAAACAAAUUUUGUAAACAAAAGUUAAUUGUGCCGUGUGUUAGUUACUUACAUAUAGAUACACUUAUAUACAGACAUAUAGAUAUAUAUUCACAUGCGUACACACACACACACAUGCACAAACAUGUGUAUUUGUAUUUGCAUUCGCAACUGUAUUUGUAUUUGUAUUUGUAUUUGUAUUUGUCGUCAUCGCUGUCCAUUUAGUCCAUAAGCUGAACUACAAUCGCACAAAACCAUCCAGAAAAAAAACGUUUCUUUAACAUGAGCAUCAACUGAAACAGUGCUGCGAGCUUCAACAAGUUGUUGCAUUGCAACACUUGCCACACUGCUAGCUGCAAGAAUUUGUUGCUUUGCAACACUGUCAAACUACAAUUACUGCCCGAUCGCAAUGACAUCGUCCCACUGUGCCAAACGGAAACAACGGGCAACACCUUUCACUUACACACACUUAGUUCAGUGCACACUUUACAACACUACUUUUACUAUGACGCUUCUGUCGCCGCCGCUCUUCCACACACACACACACACACACACACGCACUCACACAAAAUGCGUUCGAAUUUUUACAAAUUCUUUGUAAAAUGUUUACUUUUUAUUACGCACAUUCAUUUAUAUUGUUUACAUUUAU